GGAAGAUUAAGCGGGAGGAAAUUUUUAUCGUUACUAAGCUACUAAUGGUUGCAAUGAACAAGGACUUAGUGGAAGAAUAUCUCCGAAGAUCUCUAAAAUCUCUCCAGUUAGAAUACUUAGAUCUGUUCCUUCUGCAUAAACCUGUGGGUUUCCAGCCUGGAGAAGUUUUAUUUCCUAAAGACGAGAAUGGAUACAUCAAACUAGAUAUGAACACCGAUCACGUGGCAAUCUGGAAGGCGAUGGAAGCACAGGUGGAUGCUGGUAGGACCAAGUUUAUCGGAGUGUCUGACUUCAAUAUUCGCCAAAUGGAUCGCCUGAUGCAGAUUGCCAGAAUCCCUCCUUCUACAAACCAGGUGGAGUGCCACUUAUACUUCCAGCAGAAAGAACUACGAGAGUGGGGAGAAAAGCACGGAGUACCUGUCACUGCUUUCGCCUGCCUCGGCUCUCCUGCUGCGGUCUCCGUCUUCAACGGACCCAAGAACAUGACGGAGUCUCAACUCAAAUCACCAAUGACAGAAGAUGAUGUAGUGCGCAUAGCCAAGGUCCACAAGAAAACUCCAGGCCAAAUUCUGCUGAGACACCUGCUGCAGCUUGGCGUGGCGGUCAUACCGAAAAGUUCUAAUCCUGAACGUCUCAAACAAAACCUGGAUAUAUUUGACUUCAAUCUGUCCACUACGGAAAUGGUGAAGCUGAAUGCUUUGGAUCAAGGUGAAGAGGGUAGAAAGUUUUUCGUGUCAAACCUUGGAAAAGGAUACGAUACUCAUCCUGAGUGUCCUUAUCCUAAGUGUCCUGAGCAUCGUAAUUAGAAAAUUUAUCAGAGUUUGUAUGUUUCCACAAAAUUGUGUUUUGAUACUUCUUUAUAAUCUAUUAGGUUGUGUGGUCCUAUGAUUAACAUGUUUUGUACACCUAUUCUAUAUAGUAAUUUGAAAUAAGAAAACUAUACGCACUA